CCUUGAGAUAUGGGCCCAUUUCACAUGCUAGCAUCUGGAAUCCUAUUUACUUUCAGCCCUAGAUGAGUGCGAGCCGGCCGACUCAGUAUUGAUAUAAUGAACUGAUGGGCUGUACCUUCGUCUGCCUUGCUUGUCCUCUGCUUCUCGCAACCCGAUGUAAGAGCCUACUCUCACUAGGAUAGGAAACAAGUCAAAAUGUCGACAGAAUACGUCAAAUGCGCACACAAAACCAUCCCAGAGGAUGACAACUUUGCAAACAGAAAGAGGCUUUUGAUCUGCUGUGAUGGCACGUGGAACAACUCGAAUAAUGGCGGUGUACCCACGAACGUGAGCCGUCUCUCCUCUGCAAUCGCACACAAGUGCUGCACUGGCAUGGCCCAGGUAGUCUACUACCACCGCGGCCCUGGAACAGAGGAAGACAAGUGGGCCAGCUUCGUGGGAGGCCUGCUCGGGCUGGGUGUCAAACAGGAUAUUGUGGAUUGCUACCGCUUCAUCUGCGAUAAUUAUAACCCGGGAGAUGAGAUCAUCAUCGUCGGCUUCUCGCGAGGCGCUUUCACGGCCCGGUCGCUCGCAGGCAUGGUCUGCACGCUUGGCUUCCUCAACCGUUCUGGAAUCAACAGCCUCGGCCAUAUCUAUAACGACUACAAGGCCUUUAACGACUGGAAGGACCUUCGCAUGUUUGACCCCAAGAAACAUCUCUUGGGAUUCAACGUUGAUCAGCUGAAGGUGAAGAUUGAGAAGGAGUACAUGGCUGAAAUCCAAGAGAUUGAAGACAAGUUGGAUCGAGCCGACGAGUUUUCGGAAGAUAAGGUUUGGGACUUGGACGAGCAGCUUUUAAGAGUCCUCGAACGCUACGACGAAGCUACGAGCCCCGAGAGGUUGAAGCAGAGACUGGAAUGGGACAUGAAGAAACUUUUCACGACGAUGACUGAGCAGAAACGGCCAGAUGGAAGCAUGAAGUUUCGCUCGAUGGCAAAGUUGUAUCGUCAGCAACUGAGCGAUUACGAAUUGUGCUUGACUCGCAUGGUGAAAAAAAAAGACCACAAGGAUUCACACGAAGCCGUGGAAGGAAAUAUCAAAGCAGUCGGCGUAUGGGAAACGGUAGGAAGUCUUGGAAUCCCCAAGAUGCCGUGGUGCUUCUGGCACGGCUCUGGCCGAAGUGCUGCAGAGCUCCGGUUCGCAAGUUACAACGUCCACCCCAACAUCGAUCACGCGUUCCACGCCCUUGCCCUCGACGAGUUCAGAACCCCUUUCUCUCCCACGCUUUGGAGGUGCAAGAGAUCGAACACGAAUACUCAACUUCGUCAGGUCUGGUUCCCCGGUUGUCACAGCAAUGUUGGCGGAGGCUCUGAUUCACAGCAAAUCUCCAAGAUUGCCCUUGGAUGGAUGGCGGACCAGUUGACCUCCGUCGGCGUGGAAUUCAGUAAGUGCGAAAUGCAGCGUAUCUUCAGGACAAUCUCACACGGAGAUACUAUUCGGCCGUGGGGUCUCGGCGAGAUCUCUAGCCCGACAUCUCUGGUCACGACGAGUCCCGACCGGGCUUGGAACAUCAUUAGAGCUCCCUACCUCGCGUACUACGGUCAAUUUGCAGAGAGCUCAGCACGAAAGCCUAGAUUAUACAUGGAAGACGAUGGGGUAACCCCUCUGACACACACCAAGGAACUGGUUCACCCCUGUGUCAGGGUCCGGUACCUGUACAACGGUCUCGGACUAGACGACAAGGCUGAGUGGCGCUGCAACGCCCUCACUGGGCGCGGUUGGGACCUCAAGCUCGACGGAGGCGUAGUUCCAACCGAUAUUCGGCAAGGUCGGGACCCGAAGAUUGUGGACAAGUAUAGAACCGUGGGCGGAUCCGUCACCGCCAUUCAUCAACAGUAUCCGAAAACUCAAGCCGAGGAAGGCAACCUCGUUGACACCGAGCAGCCCUCGGAAAAGGAUCUAUGGCAGUUGAAAUCUCCGAAGAACACGUACACAUGGACCCAUCCAGAUGGCCAGGUGCUCAAAGAAGAGCAGAUUGGCAUGUGGGAGCGCAUGUUCAUCGACAUCAACGACGACCUCGUCGAGUUGAAGAAGAAGAGCGAUGACGAGAAGAGAGACAAACGGACGCGCGGUGACCGCCUAAGAGACCAGGCGACGAACAAGGUGUACUACGCCCUGAGCAUGGCGGAGUGGAUUGUGAAGGCUUCCGUCGGCGCGAUCUUGGGCACGCGGCCGGAUAAGCAGUACCCGAUCGGGUACCCAUUACAACAUGGGUACUAUGACUUUGUGUCGUGGCAGAGGGGCCUCAAGCACGGUGCUUCGGAGGUUGAGUCGGCGGCGGAGGGCGUGCAGGCAACUGAGAAUGGCGAUGUCCAUGUUCAUUACCACUGGAUGAAUGAUGGUACGCAAUGAGAGGUCUUGGCGAAACUGCAGUUUGAUACUAGGCGUGGGAUACUUGGCGAUUUAUUUUCAUCUGUCGGCUGGAACUCUUUACUUUCGGACGUCAAAGGUUAUUUGCUCGGGACUUCAACAACAUUGCCAAUGCGUUAGGGAAAGGGCCAGCCCCUUCGUAGAAGUAUGGACGAAGAAAGAAGCGACUAUACUAUUCACUAAGCUCAAUUUCAAUUGAAACCUUCGCAUACCGA